AUGGAUCCCUUUAUAUUACUCUCGUUGGAGACCCGGGCUCGCAUUCUCAUCCUGCUCCGUUCCGAGGAUGACAUGGGUCGACUGUGCCAGGCAUCGCCCGUCAUGCUGGAGCAUUUUCUUCACUACAAAGCAUUUAUUUCACGGGAACAGCUAUCAACCGAUCUCGACAAUGACCUCCUCCAAGACGCAAUGGCUAUCGUUCACUUUCCUACGACCCGUGGGGUCCCUCACGACGAGUACGAGACCGCGGUUACUCUCCACAUGGCAAACUGGUCGCGCAGACAAUUCACCAAUCCGCUCGUGACUGAGGAUAGCAGAGACCUUGUUAAACUUGGCGGCCUCUUUCGUCGACUGCACAAGUACAUGAGCGACUACAUGGCCAAAGCAACAUCAUCCAGUAUCCCGAGAGCAUACCUCUGCCUCGACAACGUGUCGAAAGGACGGAGUCAGUCCAGAUAUACCCAUAAGCCGUUCAACUUGAACAGCCUCAACUAUGAUGAAAAGAAGCGGCUCUUGCAGACGUUUCUAAGGUAUGAGCUAUUCUACAAGGUGGAACACCCGCGAGUCAAGGCAGAGGGCUUCACGGAGAGAACCAGGUUUCUCGCGGUAAAAGGAGGUAACCGGCUACAUAAAUGGGAGCUGGAAGGAAUACGUUGUGUUCACGAGUAUGUUAGGUCUCUAUAUGGAGCCGUGUUGGCGCACUGUAGCGGCGUCCAUCGACCU